AUGGAGAUACCAACCAUCUGGAAGUCCAGCCCGCGGAUUCCAUCAAAGUGUCAUGUUUUUCGACCAUGCUGCUUGCAUGGGCCGGCUGCGGGGUCCUUGCCAGCUAUUGCAGUCACGAUGGCUGGCAUGAGGAGAUGCUUGUUUGGGAGAAGUUCUAGAGCAUGCCACCGAACGCCACGCAAGACCCGAGACGACAUCACAGAGGUUACCAUGGAAACCAACCAGGCAGAUGCUGUAAUCGAUAUGCUUCUGGGGUUCGGUGCUUUUUCUGCAUCUGCGGUGGCAAGUACCGACACCAGUGUGACUGUGACAGCUCAUUUUAAGGGCCCAGGCAAGUUGGACCUCACAAAGAUGACAUCCAUUAUCCAGAAUGCAUUGGAUUUAUCAAGCCCACCGCUCUUGACUACCCUUGCUUUGGCGGGUGCCUGGAGUGAGUAUUUUCCCUUGUCCAAGCGCGUAGAGGUUCGACUGCCUUGCCACGCUGGGCCCAGCGGUGGCAUGAUGAGCGAAACUGGGAGGCGCGUGCUGCGAUUGGAAGGAAGCGUGGCAUUUGGAGCAGGUGAUCAUCCCACUACGCGAGCUGCUGCAGCUUUCUUAGAAGGGGUGCUGUCCGAAUCCAGUCUCCGGAGUGUCCGUGUUUUGGACUACGGAACCGGAUCCGGAGUUCUAGCAAUACUUGCGUCGAUGCUCGGGGCAGAGCACGUGACUGGAGUGGAUAUCGACGAGCAAUCACUCGCAUCUGCAAGACGGAGCUUGUCUCUGAAUGCAGCAUGCGGUGCCUCUUCUGGGGCUUCUGGCACCGUGGACUUCAUGCACGUGUCUGCCAAUCCACAGCAGGCUGCUAGACAAAUUGCAGACUUGGUGCAGGACGGCGGGCCGUUUGACAUCGUCGUGGCGAACAUCUUGUUUGAGCCACUCCUCCAGCUGGUGGAUGUGCUUGCCUGCGCUGCAGCACCUGGCGGUAAAUUAUGCUUGACUGGCCUACGGAGCCAAGACAUAUCAACCGCCAAUACACUCCCAGAGGUGUAUGCGCGUUACUUCGGGAAUUUCCAGACAUCAGAAGCUGGUGCUGGAUGGUGCGUCAUCACUGCUGAGAAAAUCACCACAGCGGAUAGCCGCCAGGCCUUGAAGCAGGAGGAUGACUGA